AUGCCUCUUAUAACACCCAUUGUUGCCGCCGUUUCGGAGCCUACGGCUAAACCCGCUAGGUUCCUGUUAGUCGGAGUUGGCCCUCAUGCCAAGCGCACCUUCAUCAAGCAUCUCAAGGUCCUUAAAGACGAAGGAAAAGCCGAACUGGUCGCGGCCGUUGAUGUCAUCCCAAACCAGGCUCGAACGGAAGAAUACGCAGCAGUCCACUUCCCCGGGCCCGAACUGAUCUUCGUUCCUAUGUUCCGCGACCCGAUGCCGCCGAGUGUUGUGGUUCAGCUCGACGAAGUCGUUGCUCGCCUUGGUAUCGACUGCGUUAUCAUUAGCGCAGAGCCGGAAUGCCACAAAGCAUACGGUCUUUGGGCGAUUCGUCAUGGACUUCAUGUCAUUAUGGACAAACCUAUUACUGUUCGCAGAAACGCCGUUACGGAUAUCAGCCAGGCUGCCGGUAUCUCGGAGGACUACCAUGAGCUGUUGGAAGCAUAUAAUGAGCUCCAGACUCGCAAGGAGACAUUUUUCCUCAUCAACAGCCACCGUCGGUAUCACCCUGGCUUCUAUUGUACGAGCGACAUGAUUGCCGAGAUUCAAGCUAAGACUGGCUGUCCCGUCACUAACCUUGUCUCAACUCAUUGCGAUGGUUUAUGGAGGCUCCCGGGUGAAAUCGUCGACCAGCACUAUCACCCCUUUAGGUAUGGUUAUGGCAAGGUCUCUCACAGCGGCUACCAUUUCCUUGAUACGACAUACCUCUUCAUGAAAGCUGGCUGGAGCGCGAGCAAACGGCCAGAUGAAAUUGAAGUUGUUUCGUCGUUCCUCAUGCCGAACGGUUUCAUGCGAAGCGUCACUACCAAGGAUCACCAGGAUAUCUUUGGUGCGGAGGCUUACGACGCCACGACCGGGCAUUCGGAAAAGCAAGUGGAAGAACUCAUGGAGACCAUGGGUGAGUACGAUGCCAUGCUCCAAAUUGCCUUCAAACGGGAAGGUGAGGUCGUCUCGACAGCACAUAUCAACCUCCUACACACCGGCUUCUCGCGCCGCUCAUGGCUAGAGAAUGGAAAGAACCCAGAUCUUUACAAAGGUGUUGGAAGGGUUAAGCAUGAGUCCCACGAGGUUCGCAGCGGACCUUUCCAGACCAUUGUGAUUGACUCGCGUCAAGCCAACGACAAGCACGACCGUAGCAAGCCCAGCACGGCUGAGCUCGGCAGCGACAAUCAUUUCGAAGUCCAAUCCUGGCGUAACUGCGAUGUGCUUGGCGAGAGUGACCCCCUCAAGGUCUACACGGUAGCCGACCUUGACCGGCGAUACGAUACGCAAUUACCAGGUAUCUACUCUGAGAAUGUUAAGCGAGGGAUCCUCUGGGAGGCUGUAGACUACUUGAAGGGCAACAAGCUAUUGAACAAGAUGGCCUCAAAUCUGGCGGAUCACAGCGUCCCUGCUGCGCUAAUGAGCGCUGCAUACGCCUCCCAUGUUCGACGCACAUUAGGCCUUAACCCAAUUACUCGCAUUGACCUUUCCUACUCUUCUAGUAGGUGCAACCACUCCCCCCCACUUGUCCAUAAAUGCUGA